UCUGAGCUUGCCUGGGUAUCCGGAGAGCUUGGAACCCUUGUGGGCGAUCAUCUUGGGCCCGGCGAGGCGGGGGUUAAGGUGCACGCAGCGCCCCGCGCCCGCACCCCGGGAUGAGCCUGCAGUCGGCGCCCGCGCGCUCCAGUUGGCACCGGGAGAAAGUGGCGGUCAGGGAUGGAGCCGCUGCCAUGACAACCCCGGCGGUCGGGGCCCGCGCGCGUCGGGGCUGCUCCCGGGAGGAAGGCGGCGCGGAGGCCGGGGGCGGCCGCUGAGCAGAGCGUGGCGUCCGCGCGUGCCCGCGUCCCGGAGGAGGCGGGGGCUCCGCAGCGCCCAGUGCCCCCUGAGCUGCGCCGGGCGGCGCCCAGCGGGCUGGAGGACGCAGCGGCGGCGGGACCCGCGCGCGCAACUUUUUGUCGCCUUUGGGUUGCAGAUGCGAGACUUGGGGCUGGUUUAUAAAUACAUCCGUACAUGUGUGUGAGCUAAUAAAACAUUUUCUCUUCUCCUCGAAGCGGGAGCUUUCUCUGACGGCUCCUUGAUGUCAGCCACUUGCCGCCUUCUCUGGGUUAUAAACUUUUGAUGCCAGACCUCUGCAGAACGUGCCCAACUGCGUCGUAAAGUAGCGUCUGGGAGAGAGGCGGAGAGCGCGCAGUCUGUGACCUUCAUCCCGGCACCUUCCUCCUCCUCUCCCUCCCCCUUCCCAGGGGAGCAGCGAGAAGGCGCUUCCCGGACGCAGGAGGGGGCAUCUGGCGCUGCCGGGCUGGACCCUGAGGCAGGACCGGGAAGAACCGCCGGCUCCGGAGAGCCUGGACGUCCGCUCUCCGGGCUGCGCCGCGCGCUCUUCCCGCCCUCGCCACGCCACUUCGCAGACCGGCUGUGUGCGGGGUGGGGGACCGGACCUGCGCACCCCGAGUUCUGGGAAGUUGCGGCUGUCGAGGAUGGGGAUCUGUGGGCACCUGUUCCUGCCCUGGAAGUGCCUCGUGGUCGUGUCUCUCAGGCUGCUGUUCCUUGUACCCACAGGAGUGCCCGUGCGGAGCGGAGAUGCCACCUUCCCCAAAGCGAUGGACAAUGUGACAGUCCGGCAGGGGGAGAGCGCCACCCUCAGGUGUACCAUAGAUGACCGGGUCACCCGGGUAGCCUGGCUGAACCGCAGCACCAUCCUCUAUGCUGGAAAUGACAAGUGGUCCAUAGACCCUCGUGUGAUCAUCCUGGUCAACACACCUACACAGUAUAGCAUCAUGAUCCAGAACGUGGACGUGUACGAUGAGGGUCCGUACACCUGCUCCGUGCAGACGGACAACCACCCCAAAACUUCCCGAGUCCACCUCAUAGUGCAAGUCCCUCCACAAAUCAUGAACAUCUCCUCAGACGUCACCGUGAAUGAGGGGAGCAGCGUGACCCUGCUGUGCCUUGCCAUUGGCAGACCAGAGCCGACUGUGACGUGGAGACACCUGUCAGUCAAGGAAGGCCAGGGCUUUGUGAGUGAAGAUGAGUACCUGGAAAUCUCUGAUAUCAAGCGUGACCAGUCCGGGGAAUAUGAAUGCAGUGCGCUGAAUGAUGUCGCUGCACCAGAUGUGCGGAAAGUGAAAAUCACUGUCAAUUACCCUCCCUAUAUCUCGAAAGCUAAGAACACCGGUGUCUCAGUGGGUCAGAAGGGCAUCCUGAGCUGCGAGGCCUCUGCAGUGCCUAUGGCUGAGUUCCAGUGGUUCAAGGAAGACACCAGGUUAGCCACUGGGCUGGACGGAGUGAGGAUAGAGAACAAAGGUCGCAUCUCCACUCUGACUUUCUUCAACGUCUCGGAGAAGGACUAUGGGAACUACACCUGUGUGGCUACCAACAAGCUUGGAAACACCAAUGCCAGCAUCACAUUGUAUGAAAUAAGCCCCUCAUCAGCAGUGGCAGGGCCUGGAGCAGUCAUUGAUGGUGUUAACUCGGCCUCUAGAGCGUUGGCUUGUCUCUGGCUCUCAGGGACCCUCUUUGCUCACCUCUUCAUCAAGUUUUGAUAAGAAAGCAUAGGUCCUCUGAACAACGUCUGCUUCUCCAUAUCACAGACUUUAAUCUACACUGCGGAGGGCAAAUCAGUUUGGGCUUCUUUUUCUUUGUUCCUUUUCUCCUUCUCAGUUUUUUUGCAGGGGGUAUUUUGAUUUUGAGUUUUUUUCCAGUUGGAAUGAGUGGGGCUGGGGGCGGGGUGGGCAGGGUUCUACCAUGUGUAGGAUAAUCAUUCAUUGGUGUGUCCAAAAGUGGAGUCUGCUCCUGCGACCUUGGCCCUUCCUUUUCCUUUACUACUCUUCCCAUUGUCAUUGCUACCAGUCUACACACACACACACACACACACACAUACACACACCCCAAACCACAAGUUCCAUAUGGGCAGAAAAAUGCAUUUCAUGACAAACACCCUGAAGACGAAGGUUACUCCUAAUGCAGUACACAGCAAAAGUCACAUCCACGUGCCCCAUUUUCUGUUUUUCUGUAUCUUUUAAGAUUUUGAUCAUUAUCCUGAAUUGAAUGUAUGUCUCUUUCUUCCCAUGUUUGUUACCUAAUUUCAAGGAUUUACAUACUUUCUAGUUGCCUCUCUACACUGUAGAGAGUAAGGUGUGUGCCCACCUUACCCUCUUCUCUCACCUACUCAUUUCUUGUCCCUACUCAUUUCUUCUCUGACUAGAGAUUAGAGGCUUGGGCUAUGCAUGAAACCCAAAACUAAAAAACAAACAAACAAAAAACAGGACAAGAAUAAUAUUCCUAAAAAUGCUGAACAAAAAAGAUCAAUAGAUGGCUGGUUAUUUAGGUUUUAUCAAGCUGUCUAUCAAGGUAAUCAUGUGAUUACCCAUUGGCUCAGUUGUCUGCUUUAUUUCAUCCACCUGUCUUUAUAACAAUGUUGUUAUCAGUCUAUCAAUGUCAUUAUCUAACAUUUCUUUCUAUUUCUUUGCUUGUUACUCAUCACCAACUGACUGCCAUAUUAAUCUGUCAUAUUACCCUACUCUUUGCAUUUCUUCUGUGCCAUCAGUAAAAGUUAGCAUCUGCAAAAUUACAUAUCAGCAUCUCCUAUGAGAGCCAGUGGUCUCACAGGCUAACAAGAAGGAAAGGCAGUACCCCGGUCAUUGCCUCUGGAAUAUGGUAACCCAUCCACCCAGAUUAGACACUGUUCCCAAUGGACCACAGCAGCAGUAUAACCACUAGUCACUCACUAUUUCCAGAGGAAACUGUUUCCUGAAACCACCUUCACGAGAAGACGAUUAGCUCUGGAGAAUCCAUGACAAACCCUGCAUUUCUUCUCGAAUACUUUGAAGGAUUAAGGUAUCAACCGCUGUGCUUCUCUUAGCCUUUCCUGAAAUCAUAUGCAGGAGCUUACAGGACCUUCUUCAGUGCUGGCUUUCCUCACUGCCAAGAAUGUGAAAGACAGCAGCUCUCUCUGUGACGUAAAGACAGCAAUCCAUUGCUCCCAAGUGCAGUGACUGCAGCUCAGCAGCCCUGUUCUGCUCCAGUUCUGGUUUGAUCUGUUUGGAAACUAUCCAGUAAAAAGCUGGUGGAGGCCAAUUACAUGGCGGGUGUGUUGACAACUCUGGUGUUUGUUUCACAAAGCUCUUCUGAGCUGAGGGCACUUGAGCAACUGACUUAAUUUCCAAGCACUUGAUUAACACAACGCUGCAAACAGAAGGGGAAAAGUGUACGUGCCCCAGUUCCCUCUGACGCAGGCUGUUUCUCCAGGGGCUUUGGGAAGGAAUGUCCCCAGCUUCUCGGGUUCAAAUCAGGUCUAGCUCACAAAGAGGCAUGGAUACAGUGUUUCUGAGCAGUCUCCCGGGCCAAGAAGGACUCAGUCAGCAAGGGAGCAGAGGACUCAGAGAAGCAGCAGCGAAAGCCACACCAUGCUGUGCUGCAGGAACUGACCUGCUGAAGGAUGAGAGCAAAGUACAGUGACGACCCAGAGGCCUGGCCUGCCUCCACUCAAAAGCUUCCAGUCCACCUUCUAAGAAAUAAUAAUCACAAGCUCUACAGAAUUCUGUAUCCCUAAUGCUUAAGUGUUCUCUUCCUUCAGUACAAGUGCCCUCUCUGUGUUUCUCACUAUUGUAAAUGAACAGGAGAACCACAGUGUGGAACUAUAUACAUACUCCUAUACACAUAAUAUAUGUAUACAUGCAUACAUAUAUACAAACCUAGGCUAUUUUGCCAAGCAAAAAUUAGACUUUGUCAUUAGAGGUAGAACUGAUGUGAACAAAAUUAAUAUUACAGUUGCCAGCUGUGAAUAGACAUCUGCGUUGCCUAGUGUACUGCCAAGCAACCAGAUUCUGGGAACAUAACUGAUGUGCCAAGAUCAAGCUGCAGGCAUGAUCAGGAGCAAGUAUCAAGUGAGAGCGAGAGGUUGGGCGUCAAUGUUUCAGAUCUGUCACCACACUCAGCACCUGGAGUUGAGUUGGUUUUAGAAAUUGUAUGAGAAGGAAAUGCAUCAUUUCGGUGUUUGAGUGAUACUGCUUGUUGCUUUGGAGUACAGUGAAUGUGCAGACUGGAUGGUGCUGGGGAACACAGGGCUUGAAAUGGACAAGCCGGACAUGUUCCUCACUCCGAGACAUGUUCUAAAGCAGGAGGUCGACCUCUCUUGGGCAAGCAGAUCAUCAGAACCUUGCCAAUCCCACAAGGCUGGUCUCAGGGUCACUAUGAGUGGGACUGUGCUGUCCCCUACCACUGGAUACUAGGGAAUAUCUCUGGUGAUUACCUAGUCCUGUCACGAUACAGAGAGAAAAGCAUGCUACAAUUGAUCAGCCUCCCUUUGCUGGAGUAGAGAAAACCAAGUGCAUAAACCCCAAGACAGUUGGGACACUGGGCAUGUGAGCGAUACUUCUGCACAACAAAUGCAUUCUCACUGCUGUGUCACUCGGGUUACUUUGGUGGGGAUGGCUCCCUGUGCUGGUAGCUGUCACCCAACCUCCUGAAAAAGCAGGUGUUUAUUAAAGACAGCAUCCACACUUGCAUAUGUCUUUCCAGCAUCACACAUGGAGGGUGGCUGGAUAAAGCCUGCUGGACAGAUGUGUUCAGGGGCCAGUGGUGGGAGUGGGGUGGGGAUACAGGCAGGAGGAAGAAAGGAGUCUGAGCAACCAGUAGCUUGUGAGUUUUCCAUGUGGAUAGAAAACCAAAUACAGCUUCUACAGAGCUAUCAGGUGAGAGGGGUUCAGCAUUGUGGCAGGUACCCUGGAGCCUUUCCCUUCUUGCGACAGAGCCCAUGUGUGUCCCACCAAAGCAAUGCCGAUGAAAGUGCUAGUGUUAAGGCUUCAGCCAAGCUUGUAUUUCCCUAGUUUAAUGUCAAGUGCCUGAUACAGUCCUCUGCAAGUCUAAAUAAGUGUGUUUAGUUUUUCUCAUUCUUGUUUUCAUUGGGGAGGUUGGAGGUGGAGGGGAGUGGUUGUGAAAACACACACAUAUUUUGUGCAUGGAGAAAUGCACCUGUCUUUGACUGCAUCUGUGCUCAGCUGAACAGAAGGAAGAGAAGGAUUUAGGUAGCCAUGGCACCUGGGCUCUCCCUCUGGAACAUGCUUCUCUUACUUGUUAAUACCUUGCACAUGCUGGGCAGUUUGUUCUUACAACCCAGUGUGAAGUGUGCUUGAGGUCUCUAGUAAUGACAUCACUGAGGCUGUUGGAGCAUCUGUUUGUGUGUCAGUAUGGCCAACGUGUUCUCUAUUAGGAUGAGUUCGCAAGUCCUUUCAUUAGAAGGACUGUUACACCAAAAGAGCAGAGAACUCCAAAGUGGGCAGUUGAUCCCAAAGGCAGCUCACCAUAGCCCUUGCCUCAGAAGGGGCUAGAAAUGGAAUCCUGUGUGGUUGUGCACCGAUGCUCAAUGGGCACAUCAUCUCUGUCAUUGUACAAUGGCUGUCACCAGUCCCAUCGUGGAAGGAGGAGAGGCUGUCUUAAGACAAGUGGAGACCUGGUAAAGGGAGAAUCUUUCCUCAUUUGACCCAGAGUUCUCACCAGAGCAAGAAAAAUUCACUUUUCGAUAUCUAGAAGCAGCCUCCUAAAAAGUUCAGUCUCUUAGGGGAAGCAACAUAACAUUUUUCUUGCUGACAGGAUGCCAUUUCAUUUCCUUUUUUUCCAACAGGAAGAACUUCUGUUUGUGUUUUGCACAAACCUUAUUCCUGGAAACUCUGAGAUCCAAUUGCCUCCCCUCCUAUUAGCUGAGGAUUCCCUAUCUCUUUCUUUUAAAACAAGUAAGUUUGAGUGGUUACAGUAAAACUUCACAGGUGUGCAAGUAAGAAGACAAUGUUUUUAUAAAGAUAUCACGUGAGGAGAACUCUUACUGAUCAUUAAAAGCAAACAAAUAAAAAUGCUGGUCUCAUUUCCCCCAUUUCUUACAUAAGAGAAGAGAAGUAAAUGAAAGGAGAAAGAAAUAGAUUUGCAAUUGAAAGACAUGUCAACAAUCGCUGAUCCUGCGCAAUUUAGCUUUCAGGUGCAGAACACUUGGAGUCCAAGGAAAGUGGUGGCGUGGACUUGAUUAGGUGCAAUUGUCUUCAUCCUGAAACAGGCAGCCAAGCCUAAUUCGAGCAGUUCCCAAAAGAUCCCUUUUGUUUCUUUCACUGGUGCCCUUUUGAGGCACAAAGUUGUUCCACAACCCUGGGUGCAUAAAUAAAGAUUGUGACCCCUCUACCACACUGCUGGGGCUGCAUCCUAUAUUAUUUGGCAGAUUUAUAAGGAUAUCAAUAAUAACAAUGAUAAGUAAUAAUACCUACCCUUGUGUUAGUUAAAGGGAGCAUUUUUAAUCAUUUCAGAAAUUUUUGUGACACGUAAAGUGCAGUUGUGAGGAAUGUGUGGGUGUACGAAAAUGUAUCUGUCAAGUUCAGAGUCCUCUAGAUUAAAAAAAAAUAUAUAUGACUUAUCAACGGUGCCGUUCUAGCUGUGUCAAACAGUGGGUUGUGCCCACUUUCACAACUAUCCUUAAGACAAAUCUAUGUUCAAAUGCUUUAAAAUCGAUCACACAGUACAAGAGUAUGACUUUGUCAGCAUUCUGGAGUUGUUUUCCUUUUCUUUUUUAUUUUUCCUUCAAAAAUCAAUGAAGACUUGAUUUCUGUCAAUAAUUGUAUUAAGGGUGAAUAUACUACCUGAAUUUUGUGCAUGUUACAUUGUAGUUGUAACCUUUUCUAAUUCAGGAUGAAUACAAGAUGGUUGUGAUUGUGCAGUGUAUCAAUAAAGUUUGAAGAAAUUUGUAA